GGAAAUGAUUUAGAAACCCUCAAAGUAUCUAUGCCAGAUACACCUAAUCUAAUGAGAUCUGGUACAAUAGCUGUAUAGAAAGUAUUUGCAUUUGCAACUGAAGUAAUGCUGUUUUCCUUGACUUUAUUGUAUUAUUAUUGCUAAAAUAACUAAUUGCAUAUUUUUCCUGUACGUUAUUGUUGGCAUAUGGUUUUCAUUGGUGCAGAGCUAUUACUGCAUCAUACUGAAAGCUGUGUUGAAUUUUAGAUUAGGGGUUUCCCAAGUGUGGGCUGGGGGUCAUUUGUGGCCUGUGGCUGUUUUUUUUUUUUUUUUUUUUUUUUUUAAUGACUAUUGGCACAUUGUAAAAAUACAAUUAAACAAGAAAACAAAAAAGCAACAGUAAAAAUGGAAAAAAAAAUCUGUAAUUUUACGAGAAUAAGUACAAAAUAUUAGGACAGUAAAGUAAUAUUAAGAGAAAAAAAUAAUAUAAAGUUGUAUUAUAGUACGAUAAGUCCAAAUAUUAUGAGAAUAAAGACAUUACAAGAAAAAGAAAGAAAAAAGUUGAAAUAUAUGAAAAAGGAAAAAUGAGGAACAACAAAGUAUAAUGUACGGAGAAGUAAAUAUUAACCUGAGAUGCAGUUUUUUUUCCCCUUUUAUACAUAAACAUAUUUGCAUAUCCACAUGGGUUGGUUUAAAAAAAAAAAUGUAAAAGCGGCCCCCUCAUCCUCUGAUUUUUCAGUCCGCAGCCCUUGGUGGAAAAAGUUUGGACACCCCUGAUCUGCAUGAAUAGCAAAGGAUUUUUCUAGUUACGACUGAGGUCAAAGCUGGUCCUGUAAUGACGCCGCCCCACCCCCCCACCCCCACCCCCCGUGUUUUUACCCUUUGAUUUGUAAGGAUGCAAUUUUACAUGCCUAGCAAAUUACAAAUACAAAAAAACCUGAAAUAGAGUAUAAAUGCCCUGAAAAGAAAAAUCCUGUAAAUAAAUUGUAAAUACAGCAAUCGAGUUUUACAUUUACACUAUGCAAUAAGUAUGUACAAAGAUUAGAUUUAGAUCAAUUAUAUUAACUAAAUAAUGCUAUAUAAAAUACCUUUAUCCAACUAUGCAAAACAAUACACAAAAAAAACACUUAUUUGGUAUUAUCAUUUGUAGUAAUAUUAACUGGGCAUUGCUUUCGAAUCAAUGUGAACGUUUUCAUUUUACGAGUCAACAGUAGUUUUAAUAUAAUUACACUGAAGGUGAAUUUUUUUCCCAAAUUUAGUGGUGGCCACAGCCUACCUUGCCUAAUGGGCCAGCCGACUCUGACUGAUGUGUGCGAUUAUCUUUUCAUACUUUCAAUGAAAAAACCCUCAUCUCAGUCAACGCUGUCAAUGUUGUGGAGCCUGUCUGUUGAGUUUUGAGCGACUGUAACAUAAAACCUUACCAAAAAAAACAUCCAAGUCUUCCGUUCGAGAUUGAAAAAAACACACACAAAAAAUCUGAUGUUAUGUGGUUGCCAGGUGACAAAGGAUGCACUUCCCUGAAGCAAGGGCUGGCGUGGUCGUCUCGUGUCAUAAAGGUCCGCCAAAUGUCUAGGCCUGUGGCCUUUCAAAUGAUGCAGGCCCUCUGACGACAUCAUCAGAGUGACUGACUGACUAGAAGAACUACUGAUGUCAUACAAGCGUUUAGGUUUUGGUGUGAUCAGUCACUUGAAUCCAAUAACACUGCGUUUACGUAAGCUGGAAAAUGGCGCUUUACGCGGCGAGAAUUUUAUCCGAGAUGGGCUGGGAGAAACAUUACGACCUCCCGGUACUCAACGCUGAAAACAAGACUUUGAUAAAAGAGGUGAGACUUGAUUAGUUGACAGUAACGCUGAGAGGUUACACGUUCAUGUAAAUGAAAAUACCAGCGUUAUCUCCGAGGUUCAAUUGCAAACAUUAGGAAAUCGUGCUGGGAGUUCUCUAAUGCAUUGUUUGUUCUCUGAUCUUCCAGAUUUGCAAGAUAAAGACUGUGAUCUCGCAGCUGAAAAACAAAUCUGAGAGUAAUAAAGAAAGAAAGCAGUUAGGAAACGACUACCUGAAAAAUGUUAAAAAGGAGCUGGACAUCACAGAGGUAGGUUUGUUUUUCCUGGAUAGAAAGUAUGUUUCUGUGUCACACAAAUGGUUUUACAAAAUGUCUUGCCAAGCUGCACAAACAUUAUUCAUUAUUAUUAUUAUUCGUCCCUUUGGCACCAAUAAGCGAUACAGUGAUCCCUCGUCCAACGUGGGUCAAUGCUUCCAGACCCAACCGUGAUAUGGAAAUUGUUGUGAAGUAGGAUUCCUUCUUUAUAAAUGCAGUAUUUUCAUAGAGCAUAGAAAAGCUUUUUUCGACCUUCUAAAUAUGGUUUUAGGGAUGAGCCGGAUACUUGUUUUAGACAAGUGUCCGUUACGGAUAAUGCAUUUUUGCCGAGUAUGAGCAUGAAACGAGUACAGCUCAUCAUUAUCCAUAAUCGGAAUGAAGGCAAAUCCUCAUUGGCUAACUACUUAUGUAUUCACUCUUCACGCUCUUUGAUUGGCCAGCAACACACAGCGACCGCCCCUCCCUAGACAGACUCCCUACAGCCCAAGAGAAGAGUACGCGGUGCAUUGGACAAGACAGAGCUAUAAACGGCUCGUGUUGAGUCGGUCACUGACGAUGUUUUUUUUUUUUUUUGGUAUGCUUGCUUCUAAUUUGGCUGGUCUGAACGUGGUGCUUUUGAUAAAACUACUGACAGAAUAUUUCCCAUCACUGAAUGUUUGCAUGAAUCACCAACUUCACACAGCUCAUUAAUUAAAAUAUUUAAAUAAUGAAGUCUUACAGAUCACUUACGCACAUACAAAGUACACGUAUAGCGGCAAAAUAAACAAUAAAUAUAGCAGCUUCUGAUCAAUCCAUGUCAAUUUCAGAUUUUAUUAAACCACGCCCACUUCCGAUUUAUGCCUUGCCCACUCCGAGACGUUCAGAGCCACUGAUCUAAAAAAAAGACUGGAUCGAGCUUCUAUUGUUUUAUUUUUGAAGCCAAUGGCGGCCAUCUUGGUGAGACCACUUUGCUGUGAGACAACAGUAUGGCAACGCACUGGUAAAACUUUUCAAAGUAAAAACUUUUCAAAGCAAAGCCGUUCAAGUAGUGGCACAUAUAUCAGGUCAAAAAAAGGUGCCAAGUAAAAGUACUUACGAGUGGAAGGUUCUUGGGAAGUGCUUUUUAAGUUGUGUUUCCUCAUCCUCGCUUCCUUCACUGGCACUCCUGAUGUUUUUGAUGAUUUUUCACUAAUUCUGCGUUCGUAUACCAGCACAAUCACAAAGCUGUGGCGCGUAAGGUGGUCUCACCAAGAUGGCGGCGAUCGAAAAAAUCUGGCUUCAAAUUUUGGCGCGUGAAAACAAUAGGUUGCUCGAUCCAGUCUUUUUUUUAGAUCAGUGUUCAGAGCUCAUCAAGUGAAUGGUAAAUGGUCUUUCACUUGUCUAGCACGUCAGGAUGUGUCAGAUGGGCGCCCCCUACAGGCGGGAUACUCGCGCCUCCAUGCUGCUCAGACGUCAUCAACUGUCCGCCAUGUAACCAAACUGGGUGUCACUUCACCGCUGUGCCUCAGCCCAAGCGCAGGUUAAUUAUACGGUUAACAAAAGGAAAUUACAACAGUAAUUGCUCAAAAAUAAAACAAAUGUCAUUCUUCAUAUGAUAUUAUAUUAAUUAUAUCCCAGACCAAGAGUCGCAAACAUGUUAUUUCACUACAAAUAUAAUAAAUAAGUGGGAAUUGUGACUGAGUCCAUGAGUUGGUUCAGCCUUGGCUGCUAGUUGAGUGCUAGUGAGAUGUUGCAAUGCAGUGCCGCUAUUUUUUGUCAGGAAAACUGGAAAAGAGAAAGUCAAUAGAAGCCUGUUGUUCCGCCAAUCAAGUUUGGUGCUUAUCCCACCGAACAAUUACUGACACCUACAGUAGUGACCAAUGUAGAACACGACAUUCACUAUUUGAAUGCGUCUUCUUAAUGCCCUGUAUUUGUAUUUUCAAUCAUUUACCUGACUUUGUUCUUAAAUGCUUAAUUUAAGCAAACAUAGGUACGUACUAGAGGCGCCGUGGCCUCCAGGGGCCGCCACAAAAAUUCACCUUUAAUAAUGAACUCUUGAAAUGCUCAAAUGGAUUCAAAUGUAAAGCAAUACCCAAUUUAUUAUUACAAAUAAUAUCUCCAUGUGCAUAUCAUUUUUGUAUAUUGGUAUUUUUUCUGUACAUAGUUAUUUUAUUUACUUUUUGUGUAUAGUUGGUGUAAAUGUAGCUUAUAUUGAUAAACUGUGUGGUUAUUUAAGUUGUCUGAUGUUGAUUGUUGGAUGUGUAAUUUAUUACUAUUAAUAUGUAUUUACUUAUUUACAGGGUUUUUAUUUUGUGCUAAGGGCAUUCACAUUGUUUUUUUGUAUUUAUUGUUAAGCAUGUAAAUUGGGUGACACGUAAAAUAAUUAGAGAUAAUUAAGAUUAAAAACAAUGCCAAUGGCUGAUUGAGGGGGUGCCAAUCUCAUUAUUAUCAUACCUGUCAAUAUCUGCAUUCGAAAAUAAGGGGAAUUUCCUGGAAAAUAAGGGAAGUGAAGAAAAGCGGCAUAGAAAAUGAAUGAAUCUUUGAAUAAGGGAAGAAAAGAAAGGAGAAAAAUUGCCGUGGCUGAAGCGUGGAUAUCGUCACCAUUGUCACCUGCAGUACCGUAGAGAAUUACAAAAAAAAAAAAAAGUUAAAGUAAAAACAAUUUACAGGAAAUUUAAACGGGAGGGUGACAGGAAUGAAGGGCGAAAUAUGUGAGUUUCUCGGGAAUAAUGGAACGGUUGACAGGUAUGAUUGUCAUGUAGCAAACAGCAGCUUCUAAUGGGAACGUGUGGUCUGUCCAAGGCUCUGUGCAGGGCUAAAGACAGAGAAGCAGAGUCAGAGACGCACCUCACUGCCAUCGCAGAGAGGGAAACAGGUCGUCUGGUGCAGGAAAAUGCUAAGAUGGAAAGCGAUAUUCAACAUUCUGCCAACAGGAAAGAUACCUUAGAGAAAAGCAUCCGCCUGGCUAAACAAAAGCUUGAGCAAUUUCGGGCCCAUAUGCACUGGGACCAGCAGGCCUUGAAUUCUUUUUUGGAGGAGUCGGCACAAAAAGAUGACGACAUGAUGGCCAUCAUUAAGUAUUCACAGCAAGAUGAGUUGAGAAUUAAGACACUCACCAUGGCUAUUGAGAGGACAACAAUAGAGGGCAAUAAAAAGCGCAAAGCGCUUGACAAGGAAAUGACAGAGACUCUGUCUGCACAGAUUGCUUUAGACAAGACAACAGAGAAUUUGCAGCAGGCUCACCUGGAGACCGAGCAGAUCAUCCACCAGUGGGAAAACACCAUCCAACAGAUGAAGCAAAGAGAUGCUGAUAUACAUCAGUGUGCUCUGAAACUGGCCCAGACCAACCAGAUCAUCAGGGAAAGGAAUGAUUCCCUAAUCGAAAUGAAGCACCUACAGGACUCUCAGAUCAAUGACAACAAGGAAAAAGAGAAAAAGUUAACUGUGACCAAUCAACAGGCCGCAAAACUGCGACUGGACUUGAAGGAGCAGGAGAAGAACUACAUUGAGAUGAAAGAUGAGUUGAAAAGUUGCAAAGCCUUACUGGAUAGAACAACCACCAAUGUGCAUUCAAUGAGGUCCAACAUAUGCAGGCAUCAGGAAGAAAUUGAGAACAACAAUGUCAAACUGACUCAGACCGCGGCCCAAAAUGAUGCUCUUGAGCAGAAGUUGAGAGCCGUGACACAAAACGCCCUGAGUGAGAAGGAGAGAGCUGCACUGAUGGAGAGCUACCUCAAGGAAGAGGAGCAACUCAUCAAGGAGCUGGACUACCAGCUACGUGACCGCAGCAAGGAGAUUGUCCGUUGUAAACAGCACGUGGAGGACUGCAAGAAGAAGGAGAAGAAUUUCAUUGCCCACAUAUUAAGGAGCAAAUCUACAAUCAACGCACUGGAGUGCGAGAUGAAGAAACAGGAGGAGUACUUGGUCAAACAGAUGAUGAUCAUGAAUGAAAAGGACUCCAUGUUAAUCAUUUUAGAUAAAAGGCUAGCACGACUGCAAGGCGUUGUCGGUGAUUCCGAUGAAAAGAUAGAGAUGGAAAUAAAGAUCACAGAGCUCAAACAAACCCUCGAGGAGAAGAAGAAGGCGUCCAGCAAGAUGAUCACCAAAAUCAAGGAGUCUGAGGAGGACAUUCACUAUUUGAGGAAGGAGAGGGAGGAUUCGCAAGCUCAGAAGGAAGAGCUGUGCAACAAAGUAACAGAGCUGAAACUGAUCAAUAGUAAUAUUGAAAGAGAGCUGAAGAGACUCGGGCUCAAGAAACAGGAGCACAUUGUGGAGCAAAACAUCUCCAAGCUAGAGGUGAAGCGCAAAAGGGAUCUUCUGUUCAACAAAGCCAACAACGUGGUUUCUUUGGAGAAAAGACAACUGAAUGUGAAGAAAGCCAUCCAUGAGAGGCAAGAGGAGAUCAGAGUCUACAUACAAAUGCUCAACCAGCAGCUGAGGACCACUGAGCAGGAGAGACAGAGAAUAAGCAUGGAACUGAAUGCAAAAUUGUCCAAGAUGGAGGCCACGAAGAAACAUUAUGAGGUUGUGACUUUUUCAAUGGCAACAUUCGACGAAGAUGACGAGGAUGCGGUGAAGUCUCAAGCUCACUACAUCGCCAAGGCUGCGCUAGAAAAAGCAGAACUCAAGCAGCAGGGAGAGUGUCUAACCGCCAAAAUUCGCAAGGCCGAGAAGGAAAAUAAAGCCCUGGAGAACACAACCAUGCUGUUCAACAUCAGCAAUUCUGGAUUUCAUAUGUCAGUCAUGAAAGCAAAAGAAGCCACCCCAGAUUAUCAGGAGAAGUUCCAGCUUGAAGAGCAGCUCCAGGUGGUCGAGGAGACGCUAAAGUCCAAAAGACAACAAGUUGAAAUGCUUCAUGAGGACCUACAGGUAAUGAAACAUGCCUUGAAGAAGCAACUUCAAGCUAAGCAGAAGUUGCAGCAGGAAGUGAGGGAAAUCAUCGACUUCAAUGGUUCCAUCGGUGACAUGCUCAUUGCCGCCACCAAGUUCAAACCUGACCUCAAAUCCAUGCUGGAGCAACACUUUCAGCAGGCUGGUCUGCUUUUUCCAUCUUCUGCCAUCAGCAUCCAUCGAAAGUCGAACUUGGUCAGCAGCGCUGCCUCUCUCAGGUGUCCUACAUUGUCAACCAGCACCCACAGGCCUUCUGAGCAGGAGGCCCCAGUGAAUACUGUGAUUCGCCACGGCACUUUUACACAGUCGGACGCUGAGCGUCUACUGACUUCGAUGGAGAAGCGUGGAGUGGGUUGUCCACUGCGCAAAACCGGACGGACAUUGGCUAAAAGCUGGGCUUUGUCCCGCCCACUGGGCGCUCAGCGUCUCUGGGGGAUCUAUGGGACAAGCGACCCACAACAAACACCAGUCCUCCCAGCUCAGUGUAAGAACACUGGUAGAACUAAAACACGUCUUAUUACUGACAGUUUCUGGAUAAUGUUGAGUGUUGCCGUUCUACCAGAGAUGGAGUGGGAGGAGCGCUAUGCUAUUCCUGGGCCGAAUGCUGAAAACAAGGCCCUAAUAGAAGAGAUUUGCAGGAAAAAGAAGGAGCUCUUGCGACUGAGAAGCAAACGAGAGAAUCACAAAGAUCAGCAAAAACUGGCAACAGAAUUCCUGCACAAUGUUAAAAAGGAGAUGGAAAACACUGCGGCUCUGUGCAGGGCCAAAGACAAAGAAGCAGAGUCAGAGACGCACCUCACCGCCAUCGCAGAGAGGGAAACAGGUCGCCUGGCGCAGGACAAUGCGAAGAUGGAAAACGAGCUUCGAUCUUUGGCUGAGAGGAAAAACAUGCUUGAGAACAACAUCUUCAAGGUUAAGCAAAAGCUGGAACAGUUUCGGACCCAAAUGCACUGGGACCAGCAGGCCAUGGAUUCUUUUUUGGAGGAGUCGGCAAAAAAAGAUGAAGACGUGAUGGCCAUCAUUAAGUAUUCACAACAAGACGAGCAGAGAAUCAAGUCACUCACUUUGGCCAUCGAGAGGACAACAACGGAGGCCAAUAAAAUGCGCAAAGCACUCGACAUGGAAAUGACAGAGAAUUUAUCUGCACAGAUUGCCUUAGAGAAGGCGGCGGAGAAUUUGCAGCAGGCUCACCUGGAAACCGAGCAGAUCAUCCACCAGUGGGAAAACACCAUCCAACAGAUGAAGCAAAGAGAUGCUGACAUACAACAAUAUGCUCUGAAACUGUCCCAGACCAACCAGAUCAUCAGGGGAAGGAAUGACUCCUUAACAGAAAUGAAGCACCUGCAUGACUCUCAGAUGAGCGACAACAAGGAGAAAGAGAAGAAGCUGACCGCGACCAGUCGACAGGCUGCAAAACUGCAGCAGGACUUGAAGGAGCAGGAGAAGACCUGCAUCGUGAUGCAGGAUGAGCUACAAAGUUGCAAAACCUCCCUGGAUAGAACGUCGUCCACGGUGGAGUCGAUGAAGUCCAACAUCUGCAGGCUGAAGGAGGAAAUCCGGGAAAACAACGCCAAACUGCAGCAGAGCGGGGCCCAGAAUGUCGCACUUGAGGAGAAGCUGAAAGCGGCGACGCAGAAUGCCUUGAGCGAGAAGGAGCGGGCUGCACUGAUGGAGAAUUUCCUCAAGGACGAGGAACAGACCAUCAAGGAGCUGGAUGUCCAGCUACGUGACCGCAGGGAGGAGCUCUUUCGUUGUAAACAGCUUGUUGACACCCUCAAGAAAAAGGAGAAGGAUUCUACGGCCCAAGAAUUAAGGAACAAAGCAACCAUCACCAAUCUGGAACGUGAGAUCAGGAAACAGGAGGAGAAUUUGAUAAGACAGCAGAUGAUCAUGAAUGAGAAGGACGUCCAGAUCAUCUUUUUGGAUAAAAAGCUCGCACGACUGCAAGGUGUUGAUGACUCGGAUGAAAAAGAGAUGUUAGAAAUGAAGAUCAGCGAGAUGACCAAAGCCCUCGAUGAGACUAAGACGACGUCCGACAAAAUUCUAAAUGGAAUCAAAGAGGCGGAAGGUGACAUUCGCUAUUUGAGGAAAGAGAAUGACAAGUCCGCAGCCGAGAAGGAAGAUCUGCACUACCAAGUAGAAGAUACGAGGCUGGUCAAUAACAACGCUGAAAAGGAGCUAAAAAAGCUCAGCCUCAAGAAGCAGGAGCUUAUUGUGGAGCAAAACGUCCUCAAGCUUGAGGUGAAGCGAAAGAGGGAUCUUCUGUUCAGCAAAGCCAACAGCACGGUGUCUUUGGAGAAAAGGCAACUGAACAUGAAGAAGGCCAUCCAGGAGAGGCAGGAGGAGAUCAGCGUCUACAGACAAAUGCUCAGCCAUCAGCUGAGGACCACUGAGCAAGAGCGACAGAAAAUAUGCGCUGAACUGAAUGGAAAACUGUCCAAGAUUGAGGCCAUGAAGAAACAUUUCGAGGUUGUGACCUUUUCAAUGGCAGCACCCGGGGAGGAUGAAGAGGACGCGGUGAAAUCGCAAGCUCACUACAUCGCCAAGGCUGGACUAGAAAGAGCAGAGCUCAUGCAGCAGGGAGAACGUCUCACUGCCAAAAUCCGCAAGGCCGAGGAGGAAAAUAAAGCCCUGGAGAACACAACCAUGUUGUUCAACAUCAGCAACACUGGAUUCCUCACGUCAAUCAACACAGCAAAAGAAUCCGGUCCAGAAUACCAGGAAAAAAUCAAGAUGGGAGAGCAGCUGCGUGUGGCUGAAGACACACUCAAGUACAAGAGAAGACAAAUCAAAGAGCUUCAGCAAGAACAACAGGAGAUGAACAAUGCCUUGGAGAGUCUGCUCCAGGCCAAACGAGUUGAGAGCGACAACAUCGAGCACACAAAGUCUCUCAUCAGCAAACUGAACAGGGAGGUUGCUUCACAGCAGGCCAAAAUUCAGAGGGCGGCCAAACAGUGCUUUAAACUGACCCAACAGGUCCGCUCCUCCAGAAACACCAAGGCAGAGACCUUUGAGGAGAAGGACAUCAGGCUGAGACAGUUAAAGGACUUUAACAAGAGUAUCAACAAGAUGCUCCAUGACGCCACCAAGGACAAACCUGACCUCAGAUCAGUACUGGAGAAGUAUUUUCUGCAGAGCAGUCUGUCUUUUCCAUCUCCCCCCGCCACUCCCGGCAGCCACCGAAGCUCCAAAACAAACACAGCUCGCAGCUCAGCCUCUCCCAGAUCUCUCGCAUCCUCAGCCAGCAGCCACAGAACUUCUACACCUCAAUCCACUCGACUGAAGACUGUGGACCUGGGGCUGGAUCUGACCCUUCCCCCCUCUCCUCUUUCAGCCAGCAGCAGACGCUCCAGCUCUGCCAGCAGCACCUUAAAGAGUCCAUAAUGUGCUGUGAUGCUGUAUACUGGAAUAACUGCCAAGGGGCUUACUGUAUGAAAUAUUCUCAUUUAUGCAUGUCAUGUUAUUCUCAGAGCAUUGAAUCGAUGGCAACUGGACUGUUCCGGUUGCCUUAGAAGACGGUACACCUCUCAUCCGAGCAUGACUCUCUAGCCAUGAGCAUGAACUGAUGAAGCCAGUGUGUAAGUGGGACUUCAGGACAAAUGUGUUUAUAGUAAUGGUUUGUCAAUGAAAAAAAUGGUCCUUAACAUCUCAGUAAAUAGUGCAAAAUGAAUCAAAAUGAGAAAAUUUCGGCAUCCAGAGGUGGCAUCUGUGAUGGCGCACAGUUUGGUGUUGAUCCCGCGCAAAACCAACUCAUAUGGACGCACAAGCCGCUCCUUUUUAUUAUUUUUCAUAGUUUUCAUAGUGAAAUAACUAGGGCUGUCAAAAGUAGCAUUUAUUUAAUUAAUUACGGUAACAUUUUUAGCCUUAUUAAUGCAUGUGCACCAUGUUAUGCCACGCCUCUGUUAUGACGGCAGACAGAGGCACAAGAGCGUCCCCACACAGAAUCUGACGCGCUUUUCUAACUUUAUACUGACCUGAACACAUCUAGAGCAGUGCAAUUCCAACACCAUGUAUGUAUCGCCAACUCACAAACAGGUCCUCAUCGUCAGGAGACCACCGGCAGGUGCAUUCAGGGGCACUCCGAACAUCACAAUAACACCUUCAUUAUGUGUGUAUGUGUGGUCUAAACCAGUGUUUCCCAAACUUUUCAGACGUUUGACCCCCUGCCAUGUACCCCCUACUCCUGUACACUUAAAAAAUAUCAACCUUUUUAUCAUAAAUAACUUGAAAUAUUGAACAUCAAUGAUUAAUUAAUUUUAUAGUAAUUCCUUGUCCUGAUCCGUAUGGGAAACGCGAUCUACAUCCAGUCGGCCUAUUUUUCAGCUCUCACCUGUUAGGCAAGCCGAGUUGUACUGCGCAUGUGUGAUCUUCGUCAUCUGUCGAUCUAUUUUACGCCAGUGACAGAUUGUAAAAGUCAGGCAACACAGUUUCUACUACGCAUGUGCAAUAUACGUCACCCCUCCUCGCCAUCCCAAAAAAACGUUAUCAAGAUUGGAGAAAUGACAACAUCAUCAACCUUUUCACCACUGAAAUGUGGGAUAGAUGGCCUUUUUUUUGCGACAUAACUUUUACGCCAGAUGUAAUGGGACACACACCUUCCAAAAAGUUCAACUUUUGUCUCGUCAGACCACAGAGGAUUUUCCCAAAGGUCUCGGGGAUCAUCAAUUUGUUUUCUGGGUAAAUUGAGACAAGCCUUAAUGUUCUUUUUGUUCAGCAGUGGUUUUCGUCUUGGAACUCUGCCAUGCAGGCCGUUUUUUGCGCAGUGUCUUUCUUAAGGUGGAGUCACGAACACUGACCUUAACUGAGGCAAGUGAGGCCUGCAGUUCUUUGGAUGUAGUUGUGGGGUCUUUUGUGACCUCUUGGAUGAGUUGUCGCUGCGCUCUUGGGGUCAUUUUGGUUGUCCCACCACUCCUGGGAAAGUUAACCACUGUUACGUGUCUUCGCCAUUUGUGGAUAAUGGCUCUCACUGUGGUUUGCUGGAGUCCCAAAGCCUUAGAAAUGGGAGGGGGGCAAUCACCUUU